CCGGGUCAUGAGGAGCCGCUCGGCCGGGCUGCCCCUUCCCUCCCCUCCCGCCAGUGACGAUCCCUUGCUCCCCCUCUGUGCAUCCCCAGCUCUCGCUGAAGCGGGCCCUUCUUUGCCUUGGCUGGGACUGGAAGCUCAUGGAGGCGGACGCUAACCAAGCCAAUUCGGUGCUCAGUGCAGACUCUCAGCACGAUCCCUGCAAAAUGUUCGUCGGGGGACUGAGCUGGCAGACCACACAAGAAGGUCUCAAGGAAUAUUUCUGUAAAUUCGGAGACGUGAAGGAGUGCAUGGUGAUGCGGGAUCCUGUUACAAAGCGGUCAAGAGGAUUCGGAUUUGUCACUUUUGUUGACCAAACGGGCGUAGAUAAAGUUCUAGCGCAACCGAGGCAUGAACUAGAUUCUAAAACGAUUGAUCCUAAAGUGGCUUUUCCACGUAGAGCACAGCCAAAGAUGGUGACCAGAACAAAGAAGAUCUUUGUGGGCGGAUUAUCUGUAAAUACCACAGUGGAGGAUGUCAAGCAGUAUUUCGACCAGUUUGGAAAGGUAGAUGAUGCAAUGCUGAUGUUUGACAAGACGACCAAUCGACAUCGAGGCUUUGGGUUUGUGACAUUUGAGAGUGAAGAUAUUGUGGAGAAAGUGUGUGAGAUUCACUUCCAUGAAAUCAACAACAAAAUGGUGGAGUGUAAGAAGGCCCAGCCCAAGGAGGUGAUGUCACCAACAGGGACCGCCAGAGGUCGUUCUCGAGUGAUGCCCUAUGGGAUGGAUGCCUUCAUGUUGGGCAUUGGCAUGCUAGGGUACCCAGGCUUCCAGGCUGCUUCAUAUGCAAGUCGUGGUUACACAGGACUCGCUCCCGGUUACACCUACCAGUUUCCCGGUCCCUUACUGUUGCCUCCGGCCACCACCCUUCCAUCUUCAGCUGGGCGGGCAGGCCAGUCUGGGGUGCAAACCUCCCAGUGGCCCCCAUCGAUGCUGCUCCAGGACUGGCCAACGGGAGCAAUCCCCCUGACUGCAUAUGGCCCGAUGGCAGCAGCUGCAGCAGCGGCGGUGGUUCGAGGGACAGGUUCAACUCCAACCCGCACUGGAGGAUUCCUGGGCACCACCAGCCCAGGCCCCAUGGCUGACCUGUACGGUGCGGCUAACCAGGACUCUGGGGUCAGCAGUUACAUCAGUGCAGCCAGCCCUGCCCCGAGCACUGGAUUCGGCCACAGUCUAGGGGGGCCUUUGAUUGCGACAGCUUUCACAAAUGGUUACCACUAAAGAAGAGGCUCGAAAAUCUGAAAAAGGAAGGCCCCAGCCCGUCAGCAAGAGGAGGGGGAAAACAUGGGUUUUGGUGGAGCUCAGGCGACUUUUUAAUAAUUUUACUGCACACACUGACUUACUACCAUAAACUCAACUCCGACCACCCCACCCCAUCAACUGAAGAAAACAUCUCACUCCUUCACUAACAUAUAAAAGUUUACGCUUUUGUUUUUCCUGAUUUUUGUUUUGUUUAAUUUAUUUUAUUUUAUUUUUUUUAGCUUAAUGAUCGACCAGUUUUAAGCAGUGUCUGUUUUGUUGUUGCUUAUUUGAAAGUGUUUAGAUGCGUUAUUUUAAAAUGGGAGUUCUGUGAUUGUAUUAGAAUAUUUUGCUAAGGACAUUUUUCUUCAUUUUUUGACCAUUUUUUUUUGCCAGAUAUUGUUUUUAAUGACUAAGAGCUAAAGAGGAUAAUGUAAAACACUCCUGAAGAAAAUGGAAUCUUGUCUAAAUACAAUUUAUUUUGAUAUUCUUUGUAAAUGUCAUCUAUUAACACUGAAUUCCAGUUAUCAUGGAACAAAAAAAACAACAUCUGCAGGACAAAAAUGUAUAUUUUGGUAAAAAAAACACUAUGAAUCAUAAAAGUAUUUUUUUCUGAAAUUGGAUAAAACGUUUCUGUAAAAUAUGUAAAUAGAACAAGCUGGAUUUGUAUUUGCCUUCUGCACAAAAGGUUCUUUUUUGAGUACGGUAGUAUUUUUUGAGAAAAGCUGAGACCUAAGGCCCCUACACAGCCUGAGACUUAGCAAUACUGUAGAUGACCUUUGACUUCCCAGGAGAUUCUGUAGUUGAUGUCGUAAGGGGCUAAUUUACUGUAGAAUUGCUUUUUUUCUUUGACUUCUCAUUUAAAUGAAGGACAUUGGUAGGAAAUGAAUGGUACCUCAAGAGGUCAUAAAGCUGCUAAACAAAAUAAAAGUAAUAAAAUCCACACACUACAUAUCUAUAAAGGUUGUGUAGGCCAGGUCAGGUCUCCAUUUUUGACCCUAGUUUGAGAUAAGAAUGGUUGUUGCUCUAGCUACCACUGUUUUACCUCAGCUGGUCACUUCCACAAAGCUGUCAACUCUCCCAGUUUUUAUCUGUAGUACUUGUACGUGCUUAGUCUGUUUUUGUUUUUUGUUUUUUAAACUCUUGUAAAACAGCCUGUACUUCCAUUUAGUAGCAACAGGCGAAGUAAGUCACCGUGCGUAAUGUAACGUGGGAAACAAUGCCUUCUCAGCUGUAGAUAUGAGAAGAAGGGAGUUUCCUGAGCAAGGGCAGUAGAGCCAAAUCAAGUCAUACCACUGUUUACUGUGAAGGGCAAACUUGCACGUUGGGGUUGUUGGGAGGGGAAGUGGUGGUAGGACUUGUGAUCAUUCUUUUUGAAGGGGGGGUGCGUAUACACUGCAUUUUAAGUUUUUCUUUUAAUCUCCCAGUUCCCCCACCCAUGUCCCGAGCCUCCUUCAUGUAGUUGUUUUCUGCUGGGGUAUCAGCGAGUGAGAGGGGUUCAGGAGCAGAGGAAGCCAAAGCUGUUUCCUGAGCACCCACUGGUGGUCAGCAUUAAAUAAUGUCAGCAGAAGGUUGCAGGGGGACCCCUCGCUGUCUGUUCAUUGAAUGGAGCACAGUCCUUCAGAACCUGCUGGAGAAGGAGA